AUGGCAUAAACAGAAAUAAGCUAAUCAUUUUUCACUCCAUUUAGCUCAGAUGAUGGUUACUAUUUUUAUGGUAUUUUUAGAUUGGAAGGUGAUUUUAGCCUUCUCUUCGAAUUAUAUAACUAAUUGUGGAAGUUCAAUCAUUUUAGGAGGACUGGGCAUUUUUGAUUAUUAAACAACAAUCACAAAGACCUUUAUUCUACCUCCUCACUAUAAAUUGAAGUUCGAAUUCAAAUUCUGGAGGUACCUUUUCUUAUAUGUAGAUUGACACAAUGGACAGGAUCGUUUUACGAAUUCUAUAUUGAUGGGUUCAAAGCUUAUGAUGACAAUCCAAAUACAUCUACAGGUACUGAAAUAUGUGGUAGUGGAACUGUUGGAGAAGUUUAUCAAAUUAGUAGAGUAAUGGAUCAUGAUGGCAACAGUGCUAUAGCUACAUUAAUUUCUUAUUAGUUUAGUGCAUCAUGGGGGAUUUCUGAUUUCAAGAUUUACGUGUACAAAUGUCCAGAAGGAUGCGAUGUCUGCGAUUUAACUGGAAACUGCUAGAAUUGGAACAGAGUGCUGGCAUAUUUUAAAACAAUUUUUUUCUCUGAUGGAUAAGGAUGGGAAAAAGAUAAUUUUUACUUUAGUGGUUCUCAUUUAUGUGGAAGUAUUUAAGUAUGAUAAUUAGGUUUUUACUUUUAUGGCAAAUUUUUAAUGACUGAAAUGAUUUCAAUCGAAUUAAAUUUACCAGAUCCACACACAAAGUAUAAAUUUCAAUUUAAAUUUUUAUGUGGAUUUGUUACUAGUUCUAUUUCAUUAAAGGUAUAAACGAAUAAUGUAGUACAAAUGAAUACAGCAGUUCCUUUAAAUAUAGUCACAACCUAAAAUAUCAUUUGCGGGUCAUAUUUCAAAUUAGAUAAAAUUGUUUUAGGAGAAUUUUAUAGUACAGAAUCAAUAUUGACUAUUACUAUUGAAAUUUCAGCAUUUAAUACAGGUUCUGCUGCUACUCCAUUUUAUGGUAUUAGAGAUUUUGAACUAUUUACAGAUGCAGAAAAAAAACAGGUAUUAGAUGGAAGUAUUAUUUGCAAUGAUGGGAAUAUAUAUGCUUUUGAUGGUUGUUUUUCUUCAAUAUAUGAUUGUCAUGAAGGUUGCAAUAAUUGUGUCAAGGGUCUAUGCACUAAAUGUUUGACACCUUGGAUAUUAAAUACAAUAUCUGGAUAGUGUUUGCCUAAUUGUGGAGAUUAAAUUGUUGUGCCUUAAGAAGAGUGUGAUGACGGAAACUAGAUCCCUUAUGAUGGUUGUUAUGAGUGUAAGUUUUCAUGCCCUUUAAAUUGUAUUUCAUGUUAAUUUGGUUAAUGUUUGCUUUGUAAUUCAUAAUAUUAUUUAAUUAAUAAUCAAUGUGAAUUUACUUGCUAUAAUGAAAAUAAUGAAAGUAUAUAUGAGUAUUCUGUCUAAAAAUAGGAAGGAAAUUAUUGUUAAAUUUUUAAUUUUUUGUCUAAUUUGUAUAAUUAAAAUGUAGUAAUAAAUACAGAUAUUGAUAUUAUAUCUUAAUAUGAUACAAAUUAAUGUACAAUUGAUAAUUAUGGAAUUUUUGCAUAUUAAUAUAAUAUGUGCUAUUUUGAGAUGUCCUAAAAUUGUAAAGUUUCCUUUUUGAAUAUAUGUUAGAUUUGUUAGGAAAAUUUUUAACUAAAUAAUAAUAAUUUAUGUAUUCCAGAAUGUGGAAAUGGUAUAGUCUAAGAAUAUGAAUUUUGCGAUGAUGCUAAUAUUGUAUAAUUUGAUGGAUGCUAUUAAUGUCAAAGUAGUUGCCAAUUAGAAUGUUUGUAAUGCAGUUAUUCUUAAUGUUUUUAAUGCAUUGAAGGAUGGAAUUUAAUUGAUUUUAAAUGUGUCUCCACCUGUGGGGAUGGUCUAAUUGCUUUGCUUUAAUAAGAAUAAUGUGAUGAUUAAAAUGAUGAGAGCAAUGAUGGAUGUUUUGAAUGCAAAUUAGAAUGUGGUUAGAAUUGCUAAUUUUGUAAUAACAAAUUGGAUUGUGUAUAAUGUGAAAAGUAUUUUGAAAUUAAAAAUUAUAUAUGUGUUCCUAUUUGUGGAGAUGGAAUAGUGGUAGAANCAAUUCAUAAUAUGAUUUAAUUAAUAAUCAAUGUGAAUUUACUUGCUAUAAUGAAAAUAAUGAAAGUAUAUAUGAGUAUUCUGUCUAAAAAUAGGAAGGAAUUAUUGUUAAAUUUUUAAUUUUUUGUCUAAUUUGUAUAAUUAAAAUGUAGUAAUAAAUACAGAUAUUGAUAUUAUAUCUUAAUAUGAUACAAAUUAAUGUACAAUUGAUAAUUAUGGAAUUUUUGCAUAUUAAUAUAAUAUGUGCUAUUUUGAGACAUCCUAAAAUUGUAAAGUUUCCUUUUUGAAUAUAUGUUAGAUUUUUUAGGACAAUUUUUAACUAAAUAAUAAUAAUUUAUGUAUUCCAGAAUGUGGAAAUGGUAUAGUCUAAGAAUAUGAAUUUUGUGAUGAUGAUAAUAUUGUAUAAUUUGAUGGAUGCUAUUAAUGUCAAAGUAGUUGCCAAUUAGAAUGUUUGUAAUGCAGUUAUUCUUAAUGUUUUUAAUGUAUUGAAGGAUGGAAUUUAAUUGAUUUUAAAUGUGUCUCCACAUGUGGGGAUGGUCUAAUUGCUUUGCUUUAAUAAGAAUAAUGUGAUGAUUAAAAUGAUGAGAGCAAUGAUGGAUGUUUUGAAUGCAAAUUAGAAUGUGGUUAGAAUUGCUAAUUUUGUAAUCACAAAUUGGAUUGUGUAUAAUGUGAAAAGUAUUUUGAAAUUAAAAAUUAUAUAUGUGUUCCUAUUUGUGGAGAUGGAAUAGUGGUAGAAGGAUUUGAAUAAUGUGAUGACGGAAAUAACAUUCAAUAUGAUGGUUGUUAUGAAUGUUAAUUUUCCUGCAAAGAUGAAUGUUAAAUUUGCAAUAAAGAUAAAUGUUUAGAUAAUAACUAGACUAUUUUAUGUGAAAUAGGAUAUUAUUUAAUUGAUAAUUAAUGUCAUUCAAUUUGUGGAGAUUCAAUAAUUACAUCAAAUGAAUAAUGUGAUGAUGCUAAUGAAAUACCUUUUGAUGGAUGCUAUUAAUGUUAAUUUUCUUGUUCAUAAUAGUGCUUAGAUUGUAUACUUGAUUAUGAAAUUCAGAAUAAUAUUUGUAUAGAUGUUUGUGGCAAUGGUUCUAAAUCAGAAUAAGAAGAAUGCGAUGAUAAUUAUUAAGUAUCUCAAGAUGGAUGUUCUGAUAAAUGUGAAAUUGAAAUUAAUUGGUAAUGCACACAAAUAAAUUAUAAGACUAGUUAAUGUCUUUAAAUGAAACCUCCUAAACUUAAUUUAAUAUAUUUAAAUUAAACUAAUGACUCAUAAUUCAUUUAAUUUUAAAUUACAAGCAAAGUCAAAUUACAAAAUUCUGAAUAAAAUUUCACAGAUAAUUUGAAAUUUUCCUUAAUUGAUAUGAAUCCUUAAGAUUAUAUUAUUUAUGAGUAUGUAUUAGUAGAGCCUAAUGAUACAACUUUAAAAGAUAUCAAUUACUUAUUUUAAAUUUAAUUGUUAAAGUAAGAAACAUCUGAAAUUUACUUUUAAGUAUAAUUUGAUGCAUUAUUAAUUGAUGAAUAUGGGUUUUAGGUUGAAAAUUAAUUUUUUAAAUUGCAUUUGAAGAAUACCAUAGUUUUAAGUGAAUCUCAAAGAAUAAUUUCUAAUAAGAUAUGUACUUUAAAUAUAUAUAUACUUAUUGGCCUCGGCCUAUCUAGUUUUAUUAUUUUAUUAUCUGGUAAUCCUGGAGAUUGCUUUGAAGUUUUGGAUACUAUGUAGUAUUAAUCUAAUCUAAAAUAUAUUAAUUCAAAUUUUCCAGAAAAUGUCAUGAUUUAUUUUGAAUCUUCCUAAGUAGUAACCGUAAUUCCUAUUUUAGAAAAACUAAAAAUACUAGAUCUACUUGAUACAACUAUUGGAUCAGAAUAAAUAAAAUCAUUUGGAAAAUUUCUUUUAUAUGAUGUAAAUUCAGAUUUAAUCACUAAUUUAUCGGGUUUGA